AUGCGCCUGCUUUAUCUGUGGCCUCUUCUCUCGCUCGUGGCCCUUGUUGCGGGCCAAUCGACGGUCAAUUGCCCGAAUCCUCGUGUGCGCAAGGCCUGGAGCACGUUUUCGCAGACCGAGAAGAGCACUUACAUCGAUGCCGUGAGCUUGGCGAUGAAGAACGGGCUGCAUCAACGCUUCGUCGAGGUCCACAUGCACCCCGCGUCCGAGCGCGAAGCCCACGCAUGCAUGUUCGUCUACUGGCACCGCGCGUACUUGCUCGCGUACGAAAACAUGCUGCGGUCGCUUGGCGCGCAGUUUGCUUGCGUGACGCUUCCGUUUUGGGACUACCCGCGCCUUGGCGCCAACUUUGCCGACCGACAGUGUCGCAGUAUGCUCGACUGCAGUGAUCUCCUCCAGGACUUUGGUGGCUCGCUACCCCGAGACAGAAACGGUGUCCGUAGCUAUACGGUGAGCGGUGUUCGUUUCUCGUCGGACAACUGCGUCUCGUCGCGUAUGACCGAGAACUUUUGCGAGAGCACGGCCGCGUUCAACCGGAAGCAGUGUCUUGGCUGCAUGCCCCGCAACGACUGGUCCCGGGUUUCCGUGCCGGCGGAAGUGAACCUUCAGAGCAUCUACAACAGUGUUCUCGGCAACGGUCGCCAGACACUUGAAGGCGUCACGGCAGGCAUCCAGUAUGGCGCACACAACAUGGUACAUGGCGCCCUCGGCUCUGUCAUGGGUACGUUUGCGUCGCCCGCUGACCCUGUCUUCUACGCCCAUCAUACCAUGAUCGAUGCGCUGCACACCAUCUACUACGAUUGCGCCGUGCGCAAGGCGGUGAUCAGAGAUCGCACGAGAGAUUCUCGGACGUGGACGUCUUGCCGCAACUACUUUGGCAGGACGAUCUUGCCCACCGACGUGAUCAUGAUGCAAGUCUUGGGGAGAGACGGGAGAUUUACAUCCGUGUGGAACGCGGCCAACAACCCGCUCUACGACUUUUUCAAGGACCUGCCCCGACGGUACAUUGAUUACGCGGACACGCUCGGCAUCGCCAGGCACCAGUACCAUCUCUUGCUUGCUGAAGAGUCCGCAGGCUACCCGUCGCAAGCAUCCGCGUAUGGCGUGGUGAAGGACCCGAAACAGUGCCUCGCGAAGCAAGCGAACUGGAUGGCCGACGCGACGGCUCUCGCGUCCAAGUUCUACAAGGACCCGAGCGACGUCAACAACCAAGUGCAAAUGAUGCUGUGCGUCUACUACAACGAAUGCCUCGGCGGCGUCUUCGACUACUCGGACACGUUCAAGGAGAACUUUCGUGCCCUCGUCAAGCCGCCGUGCCGGCAAAUCAUCGACGACCUGGCCCGCAACGAUUGUAUCAUUGGAGUCGUCGGCUGGGAAAAGGUGCUCCUGAAGUCCUACACGUGCAACAGCCCGUCCAGGGAGUUCGCGUGA